AUGAGAGAUGUUGUUAAGGAUGGGAUCUUGAAACUACUUGAUGCGGGACAGCGUGUCGAUAAACUUCCAUAUGUCAUAUACUAUGCUAUCAAAACUCUUAAUGAUGCUCAACUUAACUAUUCAACUACUGAGAAAGAGUUGCUUGCUGUUUUUUUUGCAUGGGACAAGUUUAGGUCAUACUUGAUAGGGUCUAAGAAACUAGGAAGUAUUACGAAGAGAAACAUGAUGUCAUUACACCCUAUUUUGAUUGUUGAACUGUUUGAUGUGUGGGGAAUUGACUUCAUGGGACCAUUACCUAAUUUUGAAGGUAAAUUGCGUUCUAGAUGGACAGACCCACUCUUGGUGCGCACAGUACACCCUCAUGGAGCUGUAGAACUCGAAGAUGUAGCAAAUAAGAACAUCUUCAAAGUCAAUGGGCAGAGAUUAAAUCCCACCAGAAAUUGA